AUGGCACCAUCGGGCCAGCCAGUUCUCGCUCCUGGCCUUCGCAGCAAGGGAAGCAGGUCCUCCCUGAGUUGCAUGCGAACCUCCCAGUUGCAAGCAGCGUCGCUGCGAUUUGGGACGACUCUGACACUCCAUCGGCCUGUGCCACGACCCAGUUCAGCAGCCGGGGUUGCUUGCAUCAUACGCCGUGGCGCAAAGGCUGCCGAAGCAACGGUGUCCGACACAUCCGGAAUCGCCGCGUCCCAGCCGCACGCUGGAGCCAGGCGACCGCAGACCGCAGUUCCCACGAAAUCCUCCAGGCUUUCCUCGGAGGGCUUCGCUGCAGCUAUGUCUGCUCUGCGAACUGGAGCCGUCGAGAUGCGGGACUCGAGACAGAGCCCUGGCGGCCGAAGCAUAGGAAGCCUGGUGGGCCGCGGCCGUGGGGUUGCACACUGCGCGGCUGCUGCUCAAGCCCACAACGAGAGCAUGCCGAGUGGGAUGCCCCCUCGGAGAUCCAGCUCUGCAGGUGCGCUUGGGCGGUGCGACAAAGUGCAGGCGGGUGCUGGCGGAGGAGCUGUUGCCUCCAGAGCGCCUGUCACGACAGGAGAGGCCGGCAUCUUCGCGGAAAUCAUGCGCACCGAUCAGUUUUUUGGGCCGAUCUUACAAGAGAUCAAGGCUCGGCUCCCAAGUCUCCGAUUUGAGGGGGCGAUGUGUGCGGAGCGGCGUGGGCCAGGCCAGCUACAAGGCGACCUUGCUCGACAAGAAACCCGCAAAGUCCUCGUGAGGGGGUCGAACCUCAUCGCACAAACAACAACCUGUGAAUCUCACAGUCCCGUCACCGAGGCCCUGGACCUCAAGGCAGGUCGACAGCGGUGGGAGUUUUUCGGCGGCAUCUGUCUCUUCUCGACUUCGCGAUUCUUGACAGGCCAGUGCCGCAGAGAUUGCUGUUGA